AUGAAAUGUAGUACUCCAACAGUGAACAAUAAAUCUUUAGGUAGAAAUGAUCCACUGAAUUUAGAUAUUAUUUUCCACCUUAUUGAAAGACUGGGAUGUAUUGCACGAAGCCAGUCCCGGUCUCGAUUGUGGCCAACCCCUAGUUUCCGUACUGGGUCACCGGUAACAGGUUGUGCCCUGUGUGAUACUCAACUAAGAGGUGCUCCUAUAACUGGUUCUCCUCUUCCUGGCCUCACUGUGGCCAGUCAUGAACCUAAACCCAGGUCAUCCUCACCUAAGACUCUGGCACAGUUUGAGAUUCUAGAUCAGAUUUAUGGAUUUGUAAACAUUCUAGCCCCUGUAACAGAGUUACUGACCAUAAGACUCCAGGUUCUUUACUUUUUUAAGAGUCUCCAAUCUAAUGGUUUACAAAUUAUUACUGAGCAGAAGGACAGCGGAGUGACAGAUCCAGCCAUACAAGCAGAGCUUCAGCGGGGUCACUCUCUCCACUGGAUGGGAGUCACCUCCUCCAGCCCAGCAUCCUGCCAACAUGGAGGGGCAUCCCCAGCACAAGGGAGCAUCUCCCCAUGUCCACCCACAUCCAUGCAUGGGGGAUCCAUAGCUGGGGGGUCACCCUGCCGGUCCCCGCACCCCCCAUCUCCGAGCCAGCACCACCCGCAAACCAUCCCGUUGAUAUCACCGACACCAUCACCACCAGUUCCCCCGACGACCCCUCCAUCAAUACCAAGUUCACCUCUACACCACAGUGGGAGUAGCAUAGAAGGAACAGCUCUCAGUUUAAGUCGUCUACAGCUCCAUCCUCCUUCUUCGCCUGGUGGACCUCGCAGCCCUUCUCAUCGUCAGUCUCCACCUUUGGUAUUGUCUCCACAGCCUUCUUCCCCUGCAUCCUUGUUAAGUCCUGGUGCUCCACUAUCUCCCCCACCUCCUGGCCACGUACCUCGGUCUGGGCCCUCCCCUCCUCCGUUGGGAUUGGAUAGCAUAAGGGAGGAGCCUCCAAGAGGGUCUCGUGUACCUCAUCGCAACCCAAGCAUUGUACAUAAUUUCACACAAAACCCUCAGAUAUCCAUUACUGACGAGAGUGGAGAUCAGAUCAUCAUUGCUUCAUCGUCAGAUUCGUCCCCAGAUAUAUCAGAUGACAUGGAUUCUUCCCCAUUUCCAUCUCCGCUGUCUCCUGACCCUGUGACCAUGUUUUCACCGCUGUCCUCCCAACGCUUAUUCAAAGGUUUAAGUCUUGAUUCCUCGCCGUUGCCGUAUGUAGGGCAAUAUGAUACGCAAGCACCCUCAAUAACUCGAGGAACUGCUGGUUUGAUUGCAUCACGAAGGUCUCCAGCAGAUAACAACAACGUCCAUAGAGCUCGUAAUGAACGUAACUUGGUUAGACAAAAUGCUAUAACCGGACCUCCACAUCACCACAUGUUGAUCACUAGCAUGGAAUAUAGGCACAGCUUUCCACCAUUCCCUAAUGGAGGAACAGGUGAAAGUGACACAGAAAUGGCAGAUGUAAGUCCAUCAGGGGAUAGAUCACCCCUGGGGGAACACAAUAUUAUAGAACUAGAAUUGCCUAAAACAGGAAGUGGCUCUUUCGUGAUAACGCUACCAAACAAGUGGUCAGGCAUGGCUCAGCAAGAUUUAGUAGGUAAUAUAAUGGAUAUGCUUGAAAGACGAGCCCCUUCCAUAGUCUCAGAAGGUGUUCGAGACUGUGGUCUUUCGGUGCGGGACCCAACUGGGGCCCAGGUGGACUUGGAGGUGCAUGAGGGUCCUGCUGCAGACUCUCGUGCCCUUAAAUUGAGGAGAGUGUCAGGAGAUGAUCUUCAGUAUAACCAACUCUGCCAACAACUUAUAGAUUGUAUGAAAACCUAGCAGUGACUUUUUAUUUACUAAGUGUGAUGUGGAAUCUUUUAUGUAUGCUGGUACUUCAGAGUUGAGUGUGUGUGAAAUCUUCAGAAUGUCAGUUGAAAUGAUUGUAGCCAUGAGUAGUGCUUAAAAAAAAACCUUUGUUUAGCUAUGAUAAUGGACUUCAGACUUAUAUUUUUUUCUAUCUAUACAGCACAGAAGCCAUAAAGCCAAGAUAGUCCUUGUAGGGGCACUGCUCAGGGCCUCAAUUUUUUUCUUUUUUCUUUUUCUUUUUUAUAAAUUCCAUAUUGAAUUCUUUAUUUGUUGUAUUGAUUCUUAAUUAUUCUAAAUAGGCAGCAGAGUUGCAUUAAAAUGUUUUUGGUUAAAUAGGCUAUUGAUGAAAGAAGAUUGUUAGCUUUACAGUUGAGGGUGAUGAUAGUCCUCAGUUAACUGUCUAUUUAGUAUAAUUUAUCAGUUAUGAUUGUGUAUGUAUGUUGUUAUAUUAUAGAAAGGUAUUUCACCUUUAGAUGUUAAAAUAGUUAUUAAGGAUUUCUCAGUGUCUUUCAGGAUUUACAGCCAUUAUUUCUUUUUAGAAUUGUAUUAUCUGAAAAUGACAUUAUUGAACUAUGGAAGCUGCUGCAGACAUUUCUGCAUUUCAAGUGCAUAUUAAUCCAUUUAAUUCUCUACAAGUUGCCUUCUGGACUGCAAUCCAUUGUUGUGGUUACUCUGCUCUUUAUUCAUAAUUUAGGGUAACAAUACUAAACUUAUGGCAGAAAUACAAAGACUUUAUUUUUGAAGCAUUACAUGAUGAUGAAUAAAUGCUUGUGUGGUCUCAAUUCUCAUUUAUGUGGAUGAUUAUUUUACAACAGAAGUACUAACCUCCUAUCAGUCCAGAAUGAUGAGCACUCAGGAAUUUGUGAGUAGUCACAAAGUGCUUCAAUUGUAGAGUUGAAAAGAAAGAUGAAAAAGGUCUAGUUCUGCACAAUAUUGCUGAAACAGUUGAGCAAUGAUGAGAAUCAAAGACGAAGACAAGUCUUUACUGUGUCCAACAACAUUUGGUGGCCUUCAAGGAGAAAAUCUUAAUUGAUUAUAUUUGUAAGGGGAGAGAGUGGCUAAGGAAAACUUUGAAACCAACUGCACAAGUGGGAAAUAUGUAUUUUAUUUGUUGAUUUCAUUAUUAUUUUUGUCAUUAUUAUUAUUUUUUUAAAUUAAUUUUAUGUAUAUACUAUACUUCUUUGGUUAAAAGGAGAUAUUGAUCAGAUGAUAUGAAAGAACACGAAAUUUGAUUUGAGACUCUUCUUGCCAUGACAUAUGUUUACCAGUUACAUGUUAUUAACAUGCAUCUCCAUAGAAGUGAAAAAGAAUUGGUGAAGAACUUUGCAAAGGGUCCAAAGCUUUUCAACGGAAUGUAUAUUCGAAGGAAUAUAUAUAUAAUGUUUUAUAGGUAGUGUGCAGUUUAAGAAAUAUUAAUUCUUAAAUGAAACAUGUUUAUUGUUGUUAAGAAGAGUAUGUUAUUGAAAAGGGGAGUGCUGUAGUGCUGGACUCUUCUAAAUUCAAAAGUAAUUGGGACCUAUACCAAAGGAAAAACUAUAUAUAGAAGGACUCAUGCCUCAGUCAUGAACAGUAAGGUAAUAGAUAGAAAGUGAUGAGUAAAUGUAUAUAAAAGAGAGGAGGGAAGGGUAGAGAGAGAAUUCAUACAAUAUUUAGAUUUGAUUUGGUAAGGCUGUACUAGGGUCUUUUGUUUAGCAGUUUUAAAGCCCAUGUUUUAAACUGGACUGAAAAUGGAGUUCCAGUAUUGCAAGAAGUGGUCAUUGUUGAUUUUAUUUAUUACUAGGUUUUAUAGCUGAGUAGAAAAAUGAAAUUAUGAAACAAAGGUUUGAUUGCAGUUGAAUGUUUAUUGCCUGACUUUUGCAUUUCCUUGAUGUAACUAUGAAUGCCAUGCUUUCAUUUCCUUGGAAAUGACCAUAAAGUGCCAACUAAGUGAGCCUCAAAGGUUCAGACUGGCUACAAUGUCCAUGAACUUUGAAGUGGUUUUGUUAAGCCAUUAACCCAACAAAGUCAAAGGUCACCUGCGGCAAUAAUUCUUCUAAAGUGUAACAUUAAAUUAAACUUUGAUUGUGUUGGGAUGAUGGUGAACAGCCAAGCAGCACUGAUCCUGGCAACCUGUAAAAAUUUGGUGCUACUGGUGGAAUAAACAAUCCCAGGUCUCUGAACACAGAAUGCCUUUGGUUAAAAUUUACAUCUACCAUAGAUUGGUGCUCACCUAUAAGGCUACACUAGGCUUUAGACUUCUAGCUGUAUAUCCAGUGUGGACUCUUUGCUACUCAUCUUAAUUCCCUUCUUUCCUCCUCCUCCCCAUCUCCCCGUCUUUACAUCCUUCUCAUCUUUUCUUAUCUUAUCUUCGUUCUUGUCAUAUCACUUUUUCCUUCCAUCUUUACCUCUUUCCUUUCUCUCUCUUUUCUUCCCCUCCUUUUCCUUUUCUCCCUUCCUGCUUUUCUCCUUUUCCCCCAUAUCUUUCCUCUUUCUCCCUUUCCCUCUCCCUCUCCCUCUCAUUGUAUCACUGUUCCACAUUCUAACGAGGGAAGUUUUGGGGGGAAUUUAUCACGGUUCUGGACUUUAUAGGUAGUGAUCAGUUGUAUUAUAGAUUCCUAUGAGCAAAGUUGACUUCAAGUUCUGUUUUUGAUUUGAUAUAACAGUAACCUUUAAAGUAUUCAACACAGUAUUAAGAUAAUUUUAUAGAUUUGCUUGAAUGAGCCCAGGUGUUCAUAUAAGUAUGAAUAUUAAUUUUCUAGCUUUCAGAACGGUUCAUUUUAAAUUUGGUGAUCUUACUAUUAUACUAAUGAUAAUAUGUGGCAGCUAUCAUAAAAGUGUUACUUAUGAAUAGCUAUUGUUAAAAGCGGCCAUGUAUUAUGUAUUGUUGUAUAGAAGUAUGAUGUAUUAAUGUGCAGUCAUAAAAUAAUGUUGGGUGUUAUUUUUCAAGUAUUUUCCUAGUAUGGAAAAGUUCUUUUUUAGCGAUUAAAAAAAAAAAAAAAUUAUCAGUGAUUGUGGGCUGGAAAUUGUUGAGAAGUUUGUAGACACCAUAUAAACAUUUGACAUGAACAAAUACCCAAUGGAUAUAACAUUACUUAUAAAUCUCAUAAUUGAGAGAACAGUUUGAUAUACACUAUUUUGGGACUCCAAUAAUUCUAAAAUUUUCUUUCCAGUUUUUGUGAUGAAGUGGAACCAUUGAGAAAGUGAUACAUAGAUACCAUUUGCUUGCUUAAUGAUGCUUUUAUAACUAACUUUUGAUCCAAAUGUUUUGAUUGAUUUUGCGUAGUUUGACAAGGUUUUAGGAAAGGAUUAAGUGCCGCAGUGAAAUGCCAGAAGAAGGUGAUUUCUGUGGCCACAGACCUGAGGAUUUUAUUGUCUUGUUCUCCUCUAAUGCUUGUUCAUAUGUAUGAGCUACUCUUAGUAUUUUUUUAUGAUAUGAUAUUUGAUACUAUUAUCCAUAUUGUCCAAAUCCAAUAGUAAUGUAAUUAGAUGUGUUGCAGUAUUUUUGAAGUUGCAUCAUAUAAUGAACAUAGCCUUGGUCACGAACUGUAGUUAUCGGAGACCCAAUUGAAAGGGCCAUAUUUAUUCUAGUCAUGGAAAGUGUUGAGCAGUUGCAUUUGGAAAUUGAAAAAAAAGGAUUGUAUGAAAAUAGAGGAAAAGACUUUAUUUGCAAGUUGCAGAGUGUAGCAUUCCUUGUAUUUGGCAGACCAUCUUGUGCCAUAGAUUUGUGUGAAGUACAGCAUGUUUUCCUGAACCAUCUGAGAUGUCACAUUUUCUGUCAUUCCAUCACACUGUAAGUUGUCGAAUUACCUACACUUCUAAUGCUACAAGUUUAUGAUGGUAGAAGGUUGUUUUUUCCCCAUAUUGUCCUGUAUAAGUUUAGUUGAGUUGAGUUUGUCUAGAGUAUCAAUUCUUGCCACUUAUUGGGUUAGUCAUUCCUUUAGGUUUGAACAUUAUUUUGCAAUUGUUUGAUUUUUAUUUUAUAGAUAUUUUACUCUAAAUUUGAUUGUUAUUAUUCUGUUAACAUUACCAUUAUUACCAUUUUUAUCAUUAUUGAUAUUUUCUCUGUGCAACAUUAGCCAUUCCAUUUAUUUUGUCUACAUAAGUCAAAUUUAUUAAGGUUACUGAACUUCCCUCACUUUUCACCAAGACUCUAUUUUGAAAUAUUCCAAAGUUUCAUCAGUUAGGUGUUGGAACCAGUUAACAUUACCUUGUUUAUCAACCAGCCCUGAAUUGUGUAUGUCAAACUCUACAUUCCAGUCACAGUAGAUUUUCCCUUAAGUCAAAGAUGAAAAGAGAUCAUGAAAAAAAAACUGCUGUCUUCUCUGAAUGUUUUGGCUGUUUGCUUUUUCUGUCACUCCCUGUUAUUAACCUUUUUUUAAGAGGACCAAGUGCACUUUCUUCAGUGGUGCAAUUUAUAUAGUCCGGAAAUGCCUUUUUGAGAUUUUUUGUCUUGUUUUUAUUUAACUAAAGCUUUUAUAGUUUGAUUCAUAGAAUUCUAAGUUCUCAAAUUUUCAUGGCUUUCUGCACAACAAUUUGUACCAAAUUACAUUGCAUUUCUUAUUUUGUGUGAUAAGGCAUGGUAAGACUGGAAUACUAAGAAUCCCUCCACAUCAUGUGUUGAACUCUGUAGCCUUUGGGCUCAAGUUGCCAGCAGCAUAUAUAUUCCAGGAAGUUAAGUCACACACAUGGACACAAGCACAUAUGCUACCACACAUAUGCAAACACAUACCAUUGACAUACAUAACACAUACAUACAGAGGUAUGUGCAUGCAUACCUAAAUAAACAUUCAUAUGUGUAUGUAUGUAUGUAUGAUAUACAGUUCUAUAUUUAUGCAUUAAUUUGUUUAUGGUUGUAUGUAUUAAUUGUAUAAAUAUUUUUUGGAAAAUAUUAAUGAUAAUAAUUUUGAGAAUUAUUUGCUUAGAAAAUGCACCUGUACUCAGGCUUUUAAACAGAAAAAAUAAUAAUGUAAAGACGAGAGAAAGUGUGAGAAUUUAGGCAUGGGUAGGUGUGCUCUGGCUGACAAAUUUACAACUUUGUCAGUUUCUUUAUAGUGCUUGUAGUAAUAGGUAUUCUGCAGUCUUCAUAGGCAUGACAAGUUCAUGUGGUUGAACCAUUUUAACAAAAGAUGUUGCAAUUUAUAGCCUUUACAUUGUACACAACAGCAGGGCUAAUGGUGCGUUGGUGGAUUUAACAAUACUCUUGCAUUUAAGAGAUUCAGUAAUUCAUGUUCCUCAAACAGAAGGGAGAAAGCUAAUAUGAGUAGUGGAGUAAUCCUGAAAAAUGGUGGAAAGGGAAUGUUUCAGUUUCAGUGCUGCGCAUUGUUUUGAUUUUUUAAAGUUCUUGCAUGUUUACAUUAAAAGAUCUGUUAAUCUUGCGGCAAUGGUAAAGAUAUGCAUUAGUUUGAGAGAAAGAAAAUAUUUACUGUGUAUUUACAAAUGUAUAAGAAAUUGCUCUAUCUUGUGAAAAUUAUUUACUAGAUAUUCAUUGAUUUUAGCAGGUCUUGGUUUUAAGUUACUAAUGGAGCCUUUGAACACAUGGCAUUAUUUUUUUAUAGCUUGUUUUGUAACAGCUUGUUACUUUUGUUAUGUUAAACAAAACAAUGUGUUGCUUGUGAAACAGCAGUUUCUGUAACACUAAUUGUUACAGGUAUUUUAGUCAUUAAUUUUGAAUUUAUUUUCUAAUCUCAGUAAAAUGUGUCAACUCUUCAGCUACACUAGGUAGCACUAGAACAUUUCAGUAUAAGGUGCUUCACUGUCAACUAGUGAAUGGAUUGUUUUGUCUUUCCAGCUGGACUUUUUUGAUAGCAAUCAGUUUAGAAAGCAGAAGUGGAGUUGAAACAGUGAAUUGUGAUAACAGUGCUUACUUUCAUGAAUCAGUUUUUUGCCUUACUAGAAUAAUAACUGAUAUUUUCUCUUCUUUUUUCAUGAUUGAGUUAAAAUAAAUUUAUGUGAGUGCAUAUGCUAAUGAAAAGAGAGUGAAAGUGCUAAUUUUUUUUUUCUUUGUUAAAGAGAGAGACAGAGACAUGAGCACUUGCAAAUGUGUAUCGACAUUCAUACAUACAUAUGUAUACAUAAAUACUGGCAUACAUAAACAAGGUGAUGCCAAAAAAUUGCUUGCAUACAAAAAACAUUUACAGCAGGUAUUUCCUUGAUUUUCAUAUUUGGUCAGGUUCUUUUUUAUUUCUUGGAUUUUCAGUGUUUCUAAUGUUAUUGACCGUGUUUGACCUGUUUCGCAGUCUAAAAAGAAAUAUUUAGAUCUCAGCCUGGGCCCAAGAGUGAAAUACACAGGUUGAAGGAGAGAAAUAUUAUCUCCUCCUUUAUCAAAGCCCACAGCGCAGAGGUAGACCUAGGUGCGCAUGUCAUAACACCUUUUGCUCUCUUGCUGCCAUUCAAUGCAAGUAGAAUCUUUACAUAGAGUAAUAUGUAAACUUUUGUUUUGGAUGUGCAAGCAUUUUUUUGUGGGCACUAUACAUGUGGAUAUACAAACACAUGCACAACAGUAUGUUUAUCAUUAUUAUAAUGGUUAUAAUCACACACACACACACACACACACACACACACACACACACACACACACACACACACACACAC